AUGUCGCUGACGCCGGAGUUCCUUGCGAUGAAGCGGGCGAAGCCGAUCCACUUUGCGUGGACAUAUAAUGAAGAGACAGACUUCGCCGGGGUGCGUCAGCUGGUGGCGGACACUGGUAUUCCUGUUUCCAAUGCGGAUGGUUGCAUUGUUGGUGAGCCGACAGGCCUUGAACUCGUUAUCGCUCACAAGGGCGUGCAGUCCGCUGUCGUCCACUUGCAUGGCAGGGCGAUGCACUCCUCGAUGUCCCCGCAAGCAUGCAACGCCAUCGAGCAUGGUGCAACUAUGGUCCACUUCCUGCGCGACCUUGGCCGGGAGUUCCGCACACGUGGUCCGUUUGCGGAGGGCUUUCCGCUACCGUACACGACGGUGUGCCCGGCUAUGGUGCAGGGCGGCAUCGCUGAGAACACUGUGCCGGCCGACUGCCGCAUCACGUACGAGUUCCGCAACAUCCCAGGUCACGGACGCGGUGAAGUGCAGCAGCGUAUUCAGAAGUUUGUUGAGGCAACGUCGCAAGAAAUGGAUAAGGAGGUUAGUGGUUGCCAUGCGGAGGUGUGCGUCAGUGGGUGGUCGGAUGCGUUUAAGGGGCGCAGCGACACACGUGUCUUCGCAGCACUGCAAGCCGCUAGCGGCGAGGCGCUGGAGCCCGUGUACGCGCCGUACUGCACAGAAGCCCCGGAGUUUGAAACACGCGGGGUCGGCACUGUUGUGUGGGGCCCGGGCGGUGCCAACGAGCAUGAGGCUAACGAGUACGUGCUUUUGGAGCACAUGCAGAGGGCGGAACGCAUUUUGCGGAAGGCGGUGGCCGAUCUAACAGGCGCGACACGGGAUAGCCAGUUGUGA